AUGAGCCUGUCGAAGAGCGAGAGGCGCCGCGCUCGCCGCCAACGGGAGCAGAACAAGGACCCCUCUCUUCCACACCCUGAGCGGGAUUCCUCAUACCCUGAGACCGAGCAAAAAUCAGCAGGUGCCACUCACGAGAACAAGCCCACUGGUCGCAUCGUUGAUGGUCCAUCAUGGGCAGAGAUAGCUGCGAAACCUCACAUAGGUAACGCUGUACUGCACGUCUCAACCAAAACUCUACAUCCAGGCGGUAGCCCCCAGAAGCCUUGUCCCACUCAGGAGACAACCCUCCCUAUAAGACGUACUCUCGGACGGACUAAAAGCAAUUCCAAUCCUGCUCACUCGUACUCGGCACCACAAGCGCCUACUACCCUUCCCAAACACGACGCUCAUGACAUACCAGCGACUCCACUGGCAUCUCCAAGUAAUGAGAGUGUUUCCACUCUCGUAGAACCCUCGUCCGCGGACAACAAGCCGGGCCCGGAUCGUGCGAUAGGAGAAGUUAAGGCCGACAUUCCAUUGACCAGAUGGCCCUCAAAAGGGAGAUUCCACCGGCUAACCCUUCAACUUCCAAUCGAUCCUGGAAAUGGUGAGAUCAAACCGGUCACAAUACAGUACUCCUUCUGCUUCGUGAAAAAAUACGGCAACAGAUACCAAGUUGAAAUUGACAACUUCACCGUACUGACGCGGAAGAACGUUCGAAAUAAUGGACCGCCUGGCGUUCAGCAAAAGACAACGGAGGAACACGAAUACACCAGAGACCGCCAUGCUUCCGUCGAACUCGGUGUGCACCCUAUGUUGUCUAUGGGUAUUGGUGAUACAGACAGAAUAGGGACGGCUAUUGAACGUAAAGAGGUUAAGCCUGCAAGUGACUGGAUAGUCGAGCAUAGCCCUGGCUACGCUAAUGUGAAGGGCGGUGGGCUCAGCAUCACGUCCCCAUCAUGUGCCCUGAAGUAUGCCCGCAAUCAUGAGGAAGGAGAUUUCUCAGUGUCCAUGGCGAUGGAGGUUGUCCCCGAGAGUACAUUUGGAAGUCGUCUCCUUAACUUGACCUUCCCCCAUGUCGGUGCAACACCCACAAAACAGUGUGGCCUGAUUCUUUCAUUGUCUCAUCAUAUUUCUGACAUUCGUGGAGAGGAACCAUCUAUGAUCGCACUCGCUGGAAAAAGUCCAAUCACCGCCGGGAACUAUUGGCCACAAAUGGAUCACUCUAUAGAAGAUCAAUCGAAGGUGGCCGCCCUCGCGCUAUCUCUCGGAACAUGUCUACCUCCUCGAAGACAGAACCCUCCUCGUGCUUUCCGUUUCCGAGGUUCGCCCAAAUCGACCCAGGACACUCCCAAGUUCAAUGUCAAGCCUAUCCAAUUCUCAGAGCAUGUGGUCCACGGCAGGUGGGGUACGAAUAUCACCCAUCUACGAGAGCCUCUUUGGCGAAAGUUGCGGGAGGACCUAAGUCCUGCAGAUGGGGAACCACCCGUCUACAACUUGGACUGGGGGGUCUCAACCAAAGUAACCCACAUUUUAUAA